UUUGAGGUUAGUGUUUUGCUGAGCUGUACCCUCGUGUGAUAAUUUAGUGAUUGCACCACUGAAAAGUAACUUUUCAAGACACUGUACUACGUACCUCUGACACUACCCUAGUCCCUGAUACUGAACUUCGAAGGACCAAAACCGGACAUAGAGAAAGUUGACCAGUGACCAGUGACCCUGUCAUGUCAAGUUUAAGCACUUACACCUGCAUAACAUGUCGAGUUUCUUUUGCUGAACCUGACAUCCAGAGGGCCCACUACAAAACUGACUGGCAUCGCUACAAUCUCAAGCGCAAAGUGGCAGAACUGCCACCAGUGACAGCAGAGAACUUUCAAGAUCGUGUGCUAAGCCAACAAGCACCCGCUAAAGAAGAAGCGAAACACCAAGUGUGUCAAGCUUGCAAAAAACAUUUUUCGUCUGAGAAUGCAUACACAAGUCAUCUACGAUCAAGAAAACACAAGGAAAAUGCUACUCGAAUACAUUCUAAAGAAAACGACUUGAAAGAAGACGACAUCGAGAAAAUUGCCGAUAAAUUGAAUGCAGUGAAUUCCAGCAACCAUUUUGAAACUGUUGAUGCUGAAAAGAUUGAUGAAGAAGACUCUGACGAUGAACCUGAGCCUUUGGAAAUUACUGAAUGCCUCUUCUGCCCUAACACGAGUAAAGACCUUGAAUCGAGCCUUAAACACAUGAGUGUCAAGCAUGGCUUUUUUGUUCCUGAUCUCCACUUCCUCGUCAACAUCAAAGGACUUAUUGAAUACCUGUGUGAGAAAGUUGGUUUAGGGCUUAUGUGCCUCUGGUGCAAUACGAAGGGGAAGGCUUUUCACUCGGUGGAAUCUGUGCAACAGCACAUGGUGGACAAGUGCCAUUGCAGAAUUUUUUUCGAAGGAGAUUCAGCCCUUGAAUAUGCUGAGUAUUUUGACUACACCCCAAGCUAUCCUGAGCAAAAAGAGGGCGAGACUUCGGCUACAUGUGAUACUAUUGUUCCUGAUAAUUCACUGAAAAUCUCUGACGAUCUUGAGCUAGUUCUCCCCUCUGGAGCAAAGGUUGGACAUCGAUCGUUGAAGCACACUUUCAAGCAGCAUUUGCCAACAUUUGAACAGCGAAAGGCUACUCUGGUUGGCCGCUUGAUGACACAGUAUCGUGCUCUGGGUUGGAAGGAGGACGGGGGAGAAGGAGUUCUGAAGAAGCAAAGAGAUGUGAAGUGGGCGCUCAAGAUGAAACAAGCCAGUGACAUGAGACUUAAAGUGAAAGCCAACAAAAUGCAACCUCAUUUGAGACCUCAAGUUGUAUUUUAAGCGUACUGUGUAUUAUAAUUUUGCACUAAAAUUCUUCACAUUUUAGUGUACUGGGUUUGAAUUGCCUUUGUAAAUGAUGUUCUGAAGUGUUUAUGAGGCAAAUUA